AUGAAAUAUAAAAUGCAUUAAAGUUUUGGGCAAACCCUAUCAAUAGAAAUAGCAAAGAUAGCUAAUAACAAAAAUAUGUUCAAUAUUGAAGCCUUAGUUGUUAUAUUGAUUAAUUUUAUAUCAUUAAUGAGCUUUACAAUCAAUAUUGAGAAGAAUUAAGGAUAUAUGUAUUUUAAUGAAGUAUUAAAUAAUAUUAAUGAUAGUUUUUGAGUGUUUUCACUAAUCCACCAGACAUAUUGUUUGUGCCUAUAAACAUGCUACUCUUAAUUUUGUAUGUGUUUGUUUAUGGAUGCUUAUUGUUGUUAUCAUAUUCAUAAUACAGCAGUUAAAAUAAAAUCAUGAUAUCAAACAAAUAAUUCAAACAACUUAGAUUCAUUCUUUCCUUGAUUUCUGAAUGCAUAGUUUAACUCACCUGCCCAAUAGUAGUCACUUGAUUUAUUCUAGUUAUCUAUCAAUAUGGGAUUGUUUAGCAAAUAAAGUAGUGCUUGGGUCACAGUGCCAAUCUUGAAUAUUGUGCUACAUUCAAUCAUUUUGUUUUGUUACUUUUAUUUUUACAGAAGUUACCAAUUCAAUUAACUAGGAUUGUACAGAAAUUUCAAUUUAAUUUCCUAUUCUUAUUACAUCAUUACGAUUUUUGUAGUUGCUAUUGAUUGGAAUGCAUCUCUAUCAAUACAACCUUAUAUUCUAUUAUUAAUGAGUAUUUUAAUGCUUAUAGAUCUUAUAUUAUUUAUACCUUAUAAACUCACAUUUGAAAAUCAAAUUUAUUUGUUGGGUUGUACUGGAUUAUUUAUUUUGGCAAUGUUAGCUUCAUUAAAGUAAAUCUUAAUUUACAUCAAUAAAGAUAAUAUAUUUGAAACCUUUAUUAUUUCAUAUCCAAUUUUUUAUUGUUUAUUUAAAUAGAUAUAAAAUUUGAAAUGGAAAGAAUUGUUGUUGUACAUGAGAACUGGAUCUAUGAAACAAAUAGAUACAAAGAAACUAUGUUUAUCAUUAGAAGCCUUAGUUUGGUAUAUAGAAUAAGCAAGAAAUAACUCUCAUAUUUUUAUAUAGACUCUUUUUAUAUUAAAAAAUCAUACUAUAAAUUGUAAUGAUUUAAAUUGUGAAUGUAAAGAAGACUUAUCUAAAUUAUACACUUAAAAUUUUGAAAGUAUGACUCAUCGAUCAUCCUUCUAAUCUAAAACUGCUCUUCUUAGUAAUGGAGAUAAAAAUAGUAAUCAACAGAAUUUAUCAUAAAAUUUAGAUGUAAGUUAAUUUUAGAAAACUAUCAAAGAUGUAAGUAGAAGAAAUGAUUCUUAUGUUGGAAUACCUGGAGUGGUUGAUAUUCAUCCAAAAUUAAAUAAAACUUUAAUAUUUUAACCAAUGAAAUUUUUAUAGAAUAAUCAAAUUGAUGAAGAAUUAAUAGCUCAAUAUGUAAAAAGGUAAUUUCACUCAACAAUUUAAUAACUAUCUUUUUCAAUUAAUUUAGAAGAUGUUGAAUAUUUAUCUUUGAAAUAUAUUUCUUUUAUGUUUUUGUUCAAAUAAAAUAGUUCCUCAUCUUUAACUAAAUUAAGAUAAAUAUAGAGUAGAACAGUUAAAUUUUCAUAUUUCUUUUCUAACAUUGUUAAAGUAACAGAAGAACAAUUUAUAGAUGCACUCAAAUUAAGACAUGUUGAAGAAAAGAGUACAUUCGAUGAUAUUGUUAAAAUGAAUGUAACAGAAAUAUGGAGAUUAGAAAUGGUUAAAGAUGAAAUAGUUUCAAAUAUAGUUAGUGUUUUAAAAAAGAAAAUUAAAUUAUGGGAAAAUUUAUGUUCUGGAGAAAUAUCUAAUAUGGAUAGAUUAUUAAUUGAUAUAAUUACAAUAUCAAAAUAAAUAGAAAAAAGUAGAAAUUAAGUUGAUUAAAUAUUAAAUGAUUUUGCUGGUUCUGUUUAAAAGAAUUAUUCCUAUUAUUUAAAAUAUUAAUGUUUUAGAUCACUUUUUUUUGAUUCAGAUUAUAAAAAAGCAGUAUUGUAUUAAAGGAAAGUAGAAGAUUGUUGGUAAUUAAGUAGAGUAGCACAUAAAUAAGGAUAGAUUGGAAAUUUCUAAUGGUUAUCUGGAGAUUUAGUUACAUUAGAAGUUAGUGUAGGAGUUUUGAGUGGAUAAAUCAUAAAAGGAUUUUCUAAUCGAUUAGUUGAUUUAUUAGGUUAUUCAAAUUAUGAUGAUAUGAUACAAAAUUUACGUAUAAGAGGAUUAUAAUCUAGUAGUUCUACUUCUAAUUCUGAUAAAAUUGGAAUAUCUAGUAUUAUGCCACCUUAUUUAACAGCUUCUCAUAAUUAUUUUAUUUAAAGAUUUAUUCAAAGAGGUUAUACUUAAUAUUAUGAUAAACCUAUUAGUUCUUUUGCUUGUGAUUCUUUAGGAUUUGUAUUUCCUAUUAAUGUUAAUUUGUCAUUUAAUUUUUAAAAUAUGAAUGAUUUUACACUCCUUGGAUCUAUCUUAAAAAUUAAAGAUGAAGACGAAUAUUUAAUAUUUGAUGAAUGGGGACGAAUAUUAGGAGUUUCAAUGAGAACUUUUGAUAAAUUAAUAUUAAAAGGAGCUCUUGAUGAAUUUGGUAUGGUUUAAUACAAAUCUAUACAUUAAAAAUUUGAUAAAAUUGGAAAUCUUAAAAAUAAUUUAAUUAAUAAAAUAGCAAAAGAUAAUCAUGCUAAAUUAUUUAAAAAGACUCUAACUGUCAAUUAGAAAUAAAGUACUUCUAGAAGCUAAGUUAGAAGAACAUAUUAAAAACCAUCUGAUAUUCUUUUGUAAUUUGGGAGUAUUUAACAUUUCUUACCAUAAAUUGGAAAAUCUAUUACAGAUAUAUUAUCAAAAGAUAUUUUUAAAAAAUUAUAAAGAGAAUCUUAAGAAUAAUUUAAUAAAUUAGUAGAUAAUCAAAAUAAUUAAUAAAAUAUUUUAGAAAAAUAAGCUAGCAAUUUAUUUUAAAGAUAACUUAGUUAAUUUAUGGAUAGAUAAUAAAGUAUCAAUAAUUAAGGAUUAAGUAGUGCUAUGUUAGAUAAAGAUUAAUAUAGAAAUUUUAUACUCAAUACAUUUGUAGAUGAUAAAGGACUUAUGAAGAAAAAUAUUUCUGUUUUGUAGGAUGAGAAAUUAGUACUUUAUAUUCCAAGAAAUUAUAAUGAAUUAAUUGAAUAUUUUAAUGAUGCAGGAGAGCGAUUUAUAGAAAGUAAGAAUGAUUUUGAAACCAAAUCUAUUAGAAGAUAAUAAUUAUAAAAUAAGUAUUCAUACAUCAAAUAAUAACAAAAUUGCUAUCAUCUUUUUGAUGCUGAAUUUUAAGAUUUUAUUGAUAACAAAAUAAGAAAAUACUAUUCAAAAGCUUUACUUAAAGAAGCAUUAGAAUCUUAAGAUGCUAAAUUACUAUAGCAAGUAAGAUAUAAAUGUGUUUCAUCUAUUGAUGUAGGUUUAGGAGGAAUAAAUGAUAAAGAUUAAUUUUUAUAUUUUGUUUGUAGAUUAUCAUCAUUAAAUUUAUAAACUGCUAAAAGAAAAGAUGUUUUGAAGAUACAUAUGAAAAAGGAGAAAAAUUAAUAAUUUGAUGGAGGUGAAGAAUUAAGAAAAAGUUUAAUAUAAUAAUUUUCAUCAAUGGAAUCAGUUGAUAAAUAGAAACCUGCUUGGGGAUAAUCUCUUUCUAUAUAAUAAUAAGAUAGUUUUGGUCCAUAAUAAUAAAUAAAAUUUAAAGGAGAAAUAGAUUAACCAAUAAUUGUAACUCUAGCAAUUCCUGAUAGUAGAACAUAUAUGUCUUCUUUAGAUAGAGAAGAAGGACCUAAUAUGAAAGUUAACUUUGAAGCCUAAAAUUAAAAAUUAAAUGAAUCUUCCUUUGAUUUAGAAGGAUCUAUGAGAGAAAGUCUGAUAUAAAGUGGUAAUCAUUCUAUGAAAUAAUCAUUGAAUUUAAAUGUUCCAUCAUUAUCAAGAUAAAAUUCUCUUGAAAAAAUGAAAUAACAAUAAUAAAAAGAGUUAAUUUAAUCUAAAGAAUUUAAUAAAGAAUAAUCUAGUAGUUUAUCUGAUAAAAAAGUAGAACCACCUAAAAAAAAAUUAAAAUUGUCUUUUUUAAAAAAAAUGGAAAAAGCUCUUGUUCCCAAAGAUCCCCCAACAGGAAGUCCUACUACUCCUAUAUCGUCUCCAAAUCCAAUUAUUUUAUAAAAUUAAUAAUAACCUGAAAAAACACAUUCUAAUUUAAGUAUACCAGAAGAAAAAAGAAGUUCUUUAUUAAGUCCUACUGGCUUAUUUACUAAAUUAUUUACUCGUUUAAAUUUAAGAAGGGUUUCUAAUAUUGAAAUUAAAAAUGAUUAAUUUGAAGCACAAGAUUAAGGUUUUAAAGAAUAAUCUGAAAAUUCAGAUAAAGAAGAAUUAAAGAAAAAUGGAUAAAGUACUCCUUCUGGUACUAAUUCUAUGUCUAGUAAUAAUAUUACAAGCCAAGCAGAAAUUAAUGUUGAAGAAGAUGAUUAAAAAAAUGAAGAUGAAUUAGUUAAUAUUUUUGAAGUUAUGAGUUAAGCUUCUAAUCAUCAAUCUAUUAAAUCUAUUUCAGCCAUCUCAAUGGCCACUCAUAUAUCUUUAAGAUGUUUGAAAUAUUUACCUAGACAAGCUAAAUCAUUAUAAAUUUUUAAAAUUGUUUUAAUCAUGUUAAAUAUAUCCAGUAUUAUUAGUCUUGUUAUGACAACCUAAGAUUAUUUUAAUAUGUUAAGUGUAGAUCAAUUAAGUUUAAAAAUUAAUAAUUAAUAUCGAUAUUCCACAAUCGUAUUAUAAUCUACUAAUUCUAUCGAUUAAUAAUAAAUUAUAACAUUUUAAUAACCAAUUAAUACUACUUUAAUGACUAAUCUUAUUAUUUAUUGCUCUAACUUAAGUCUAGAAAUUAGUUAAUCAUAUUUUAGUGUUGUAGAUUAAAUUUUAAAAGCUGUUUCAUUUCCAUUACCUAAACCUGAUGUUUUAAGUAUUCCUGAUGAUUUUUUAAUUGUUUCUCUAUCAUAAUUUCUUACAUAAUAAAAAAUUGAAAUAGAUUCCAUUUAAUUCAUACUUAAUUAUAAUAGAAGUGAUAUCACUUUUCAUUAACUUUACAAUAAUUCAAUGGAUUAUUUAUUAAGUCGUCUUAUUUUUACACAAUCCUAAAUAAAUAAUAUGAGUUAAUAAUUAAGAGAUUAUAAGAACUCCAUUAUUUUUAAUUAAGCAUUACUUGUAACCUAUUUAAUGACAAGUUUUGGUGGAUUACAUUUAAUUAUUAUUUUCUUAAUUGUACCUUUUAUUAGAUAAAUUAAUAAUAUUUAUUUUCGUGUUCUUUGCAUUCUAAGUAGAGUUACUUUAGAAGAAGCAGAAGAUGAAAUUAAAAAACUUACUCUCUCUUAACAUUUACUUGAAGCCUAAGAUGAUUCAUGGGUCACUUAAAAUCAAGUCAAAUUAGUGUUUUACAAUAAAAGUUAAGAUAUUGACUUAAAUUAAAAAUAUUCUAAAAUUGCCAAAGGUAAAGAAAGCUCUUAUUUCCAAUCAAAAUUAAGUGAUACUUCAUUAAGUAUUUGGAAAGAUAUGGGAUUAUAUAUAAUGAUUUCAUCUAUCUCUAUUGGAUAUCUAAUAUUUUCUAUUAUCAUUAUUUAAACUUAAAUAGAUACUUUUACUCCAUUUAUUCAUAAUUUUGAUUAAACUGUAAGUACUAGUGUUUACACUUCAGCUUUAAUUUCUAAACUAUCAAUCACACCUUAAAGAUAUUUGAAUCUUAAUCACUCUAGUAUAUCUACUCAGUAUACAUUAUAUAAUUAUUAAUAAAAUUAAUAAAUUUCAUAUUUCUUAUAGACUAUUACAUCUGAUAUUAGUAAAAUCAAAAAUUAUGUAUCUGAAAUGUCCAAUUUUUUAGAAUAAUUAAAUCUAAAUUAUGAUUAUAAUUCAAGCUUUAAAAAUGUUUCAAUAUAAAGUGAUUAAUAUUUAGAUAGAAUUUCAUAUUUAGAGCAAUUAAGUAUUUUGAGUGAAAUCAAUCAUUUACUUAAAGAUAAUAUCUGCUACUAUUCUUAAUAAAAUUUAUGUCAAUUUGAUAUCUAAUUCGAUUAUUUUAAUACAGGAUUAAUUGGUGCUUUGGAUUUACUUUAGAAGAUGUAAUUUAAUUAUGAUUAAUUUUUACUUGAAUAUCAUCCAAUUACCUAUUCAGAAACUUCUACUGACAAUAGCUAAUAAGUCUAUUCGUAUUACAAUUCACAAUAUUAUCAAUUAUUAGUGAUGUAUGGCUAAGAAUUAUUAUUUAAAACUUUUGAUAGAUUAGUUUACCUUCUAGAAACAUUUUUAAAUAAUGAAAAAUAUUCUAAAUAAAAAAUGAUAUAAAAUUUAUUUAUUGGAAUAGGUAUUCCAAUAAUGAUUAUGACCAUCUUUUUAGCUGCUUUAGAAAUGUAUAUGCUGAGAAACAAAGUUAGAAGAGUUAUGCUAUCUUUAACAUAUUUGCCAACAUUCAAGUACUAAGAUAAAAUCAUACUUUCACUAAUUAAAUCAAUAUUGAAAAUUUGA